GUUCUCUAACGACACUGUGACUGCGUCACUACUCUGCGACGGAUGUUCCUUUGCAACGUGUUGAAGAAAAAUUCACGUGUGAGCAUUUGUCCCACUCGGUACAUACAGAAGUUGCCUGUUUAUUAAAACAUUGUAAUCGAGUCUCUGUGUACGUCAGAGUCAUGGGUCGGAAGUUAGAUCCUGCUAGCAGGGUGAAGAGAGGACCUGGGAAAAAAGCAAGAAAGCAGCAGGGAGCAGAGACAGAGUUGGCCAAGUUCAUACCUGAUGAGGACGCAGAAUCAAAACGUCUUUCAAGUAGAGCCAGAAAGAGAGCUGCAAAGAGGGCACAGGUUUCUGAAAAGCCUAAGGUCGCUGGGGAACAGCCCAAGAAAGGAUUCACUGAUGAAAACAGUAAAUGGUUGAAACCUGCGAAAAGGAAGCGGAAAAAUGAUGAACCUGAAAGUGAGGAUGACAGUGAAAAUUACUCUGAGGAAGACGGAGAGGUGGAGGAGCAGCCUCUGAAUAAGAAAGCAGGAAAGGAUCAAGGACAGAAAGUUAAAAAAGCAGGACUGAAAGAAGUGGUUGAUGAGGAUGAUGGUGAUGAUGAUGAUGAUGACGACGACAACGACGAUGAAAUGGUUGAUGACUACGGUACAAUUGAUGAUGGCAGUGGAGACGAAGAAGAAAGUGAUGGAGAGGAACUCCUUCCUAUUGAGCGUGCAGCCAAGAAGGAGAAAAAGCAGAAAGAAACCAUGGGUCUGGAGAGUGAUGAAGACGACACCGAUGAGGAGGAGGGGGAAGAGGGAGAUGAUGAUGAGGAAGAUGAGAAAUCAGACGGCGAUAUGGAGGAGGAUGAAGACACAGUACAGGUCAACAUGGAUGAAAUGGACAGAUUCAGGCUACCUGGGCCAGAGGCGAGUGAGAAGGAAGGUAUCUUGCCUAUAGACCUGAAGACAAUUUAUCAAAGAAUAAAGGACAACAUUGAUGUUUUGUGCAAUUUUUCAACAAAACGGGAGGAGGGCAAAGCUCGAACAGAGUACAUAUCUCUUCUGAAGAAGGAUCUCUGCGCUUAUUACAGCUACAACAACUUCCUCAUUGAGAAAUUAAUGGAACUCUUUCCUCUGUCAGAGCUGGUUGAUUUCCUUGAGGCCAAUGAAAUUCAGAGACCUGUCACCAUCCGGACCAACACUCUAAAAACAAGGAGGCGAGAUCUUGCACAGGCCUUGAUCAACAGAGGAGUUAACCUUGAUCCUCUGGGGAAGUGGUCUAAAGUGGGUUUGGUGAUUUACGACUCCUCUGUACCUAUAGGUGCAACCCCAGAAUACCUGGCUGGUCAGUAUAUGCUACAAGGAGCCUCCAGUUUCCUACCAGUCAUGGCUCUUUCACCGCAGGAGGGAGAGUCUGUGCUGGACAUGAGCUCAGCUCCAGGAGGCAAGACGACCUAUAUUGCUCAGCUAAUGAGAAACACGGGUGUGAUUGUGGCUAAUGAUGCAAAUGCUGAAAGACUGAAGAGUGUGGUUGGAAACAUCCACCGUCUCGGCGUCACCAACACUGUUGUCUGCAACUAUGAUGGCAGGCAGUUUCCCAAGGUAAUGGGAGGGUUUGAUAGAGUGCUGCUUGAUGCGCCCUGUUCAGGCACUGGAGUGAUCGCUAAAGAUCCAGCUGUGAAGACCAGCAAGGAUGAAGCAGACAUCCUUCGUUCAGCUCACCUUCAGAAAGAACUGAUUCUGUCUGCAAUUGACUCUAUUGACGCUCAGUCCACUACAGGAGGAUAUCUGGUCUACUGCACAUGUUCAGUAACGGUGGAGGAGAAUGAAUGGGUGGUGGACUACGCUUUAAAGAAGAGAAAUGUCAAAUUAGUUCCCACAGGACUUGACUUUGGCAAGGAAGGCUUCACCAGGUUUAGAGUACGCAGAUUCCAUCCUUCCCUAAAGCUCACAAGACGAUUUUACCCUCAUUCUCAUAAUAUGGAUGGGUUUUUUGUGGCCAAGCUGAAGAAGUUCUCAAAUGUGAUUCUGACUGCACCUGCAGAGAAAGAAGCUGAGAAUGAGGCUGCUGAGGCAACAGUAAUUACAACCCCCCCUGUAGAGGAACCUUCCAAAAGUAAAGAGAAGAAGACUCCUCUCAUCAAGCCAGGCAGCCCAAAAGAAAAAGCUCAAACCAAUGGGACGGCCAUGGCAACUGCAAACAAGUCAAAAAGCACUGGACCAAAGAAGGCGAAAGUUGCCAAGAUUGAGAAAGGGGCAGAGGCUAAGAACAGCUCUGCAGAUGGCAAAAAGGAGGGGAAAAGAUUUGAGAAAAAGCACGGCAAAAAGAAGAGCGCCAUGAAGGCAAAAAAUCGAAUGGGAAAGAAUAAAUUUAAAAAGUUGAAAAGCAUGUUAAGAAAACAGAAUUUAAAGUGACCGUAUGUAAAAACAAGUCUCAGUCUGUGAGGUCAUGAGACCUCCCUUUAAAGGAUAUUCAAGGUUCUGUGCUGUGCUUUCAUUACUGAUAUGUGUCAAUGUGGUAUGACUGCAACAGCAUCAUGUACAGAUAAAAUGGACUUAUUAGUGAAGCUCUCACUUUGGUCUUUACUCCUUUUUUGUUUUUGUUCAUUGUGUUUUUCUUUUGUCAACUUUGCAAGGUGCGACAUCUUGCAUUUUGUGACAAUAAAUCUUUUAAGAUAUCCCCUA